AUGUUGAAACCAAUUUUCGCUCAAGCUAGUGAGAAAUUUCAAGUAUGUUCAGUGUUCAUAAGUCAACGUUCCGUCGAGGCUCUUUCUGAGUUUAUUCAGAAACAGUUAGAUUCUGGACUUCAAGAAAUUCCCAGCACGGAAGAGCUGUAUCGAAAGAUGGAUGCAUCAAAACGUAAUGUAGUCGCCUACUUCCCGCAACUCAGCGGACCCGAAUACGAUUCUCUAAAAAAGGUUGCGUCGGUUUUGAGAGAAGAAUGCGUUUUCUACGUUGGUGGCGGUCCAGCUUUUUCUGCUCGUACAACACAGGGCCCGGCGCUGUUUUUCAUGGGAAGCAAUUCACAAGAAGGACUGCAGUUCACUGGAGACAUGAAGAACUAUGAUUUCUUGAAGCAAUGGUUGACAGAUAAAUGCAUUCCUAUUGUACGCGAAAUAACUUUCGAGAAUGCUGAAGAGCUAACAGAAGAAGGAAUUCCUUUCCUCAUCUUGUUCCGUCAUCCUGAUGACAAAGAAAGCGAGAAAGUGUUCACAGAAGCUGUAAUUAGAGAAAUUCCUGACCAAAAAGCCGCGAUAAAUUGUCUGGUCGCAGAUGGAAAGAAAUUUGCGCACCCACUUCAUCAUCUUGGGAAGAGAGAAAGUGAUUUACCGUUGAUAGCGAUCGAUUCCUUCCGUCAUAUGUACCUGUUUCCAAAUACAAAUGAUAUGACCAUCCCUGGAAGACUACGGCAGUUCGUGCUUGAUCUUCACAGUGGCAAGUUACAUCGAGAGUUUCAUCAUGGUCCCGAUCCAGUUGCCCAGGUCACUGCCCAAACGGACGAA